AUGGCUGAGCUCAAGGAAUGGGGGAGGCCUGUGGAGAGGAAAGGGAGGUUAACUGCUGUCCUGGCACUUGCAACGCUCGUAUCUGCCUUCGGGUCAUCUUUCCAGUAUGGUUAUAACGUAGCUGUGAUCAACUCCCCAGCACCGUACAUGCAGCAGUUUUACAACAGCACCUAUGUGGAGCGUUACAACGCGCCCAUGGAGGACAACUUCCUGACCUUGCUGUGGUCACUGUCUGUCUCUAUGUACCCGCUUGGAGGAUUCUUUGGCUCUUUGAUGGUGGCACCCCUGGUUAACAAGCUUGGGAGGAAGGGCACCCUCCUCUUCAACAACAUCUUCUCCAUCGUCCCUGCUGUGAUGAUGGGGGUCAGUGAGAUCGCUAAAUCCUUCGAGAUCAUCAUUGUUGCCAGGUUUAUAGUUGGCAUAUGUGCAGGUCUCUCCUCCAAUGUGGUGCCAAUGUAUCUGGGUGAACUCGCUCCCAAAAACCUGAGGGGGGCCCUUGGCAUCGUGCCACAGCUCUUCAUCACUAUUGGCAUCCUCUGUGCACAAGUGCUGGGCAUCAGAAAUAUACUGGGCAACAGCACAGGCUGGCCCCUCAUGCUUGGCUUGACUGGCAUUCCAGCUGCGAUGGAACUUCUGCUGCUGCCCUUUUUCCCGGAGAGCCCCCGGUACAUGCUCAUCCAGAAGGGACAAGAGAAGAACGCCAAGAAAGCUCUGCAGCGUCUCCGCGGCUGGGACGACGUGGAUGCAGAGAUGACAGAGAUGCGUCUGGAGGACCAGUCAGAGCGGGCCGAGGGCCACCUGACCGUGCUCUCCCUGCUGUCCCAGCGCUCUCUCCGCUGGCAGCUGAUCUCCAUCAUCAUCCUGAACAUGGGCCAGCAGCUGUCGGGGGUCAACGCGAUUUACUACUAUGCAGACAGCAUCUAUGCAACAGCAGGAGUCAGAGAGAAUGACAUCCAGUAUGUGACAGUGGGAACGGGAGCAGUGAACGUCUUCAUGACCAUAGCUGCAGUCUUCAUCGUGGAGUAUUCAGGCCGAAAACCUCUUCUCCUUUUGGGAUUCGGCAUCUGCUGCGGAGCCUGUGUGCUGCUAACUGUGGCCCUCGUUUUUCAGGAGAGUGUGACGUGGAUGCCCUACAUCAGCAUCUCGUGUGUCAUCAUCUAUGUCAUAGGACACGCCAUAGGACCCAGCCCCAUUGCGAACGUGGUGACCACUGAGAUGUUCAGGCAGUCGGCCAGGCCUGCGGCCUUCAUGGUUGGAGGCUCCGUCCACUGGCUCUCCAACUUCACUGUUGGCCUUGUAUUCCCCUUCAUGGAGGGAAACCUCGGCCCCUACAGCUUCAUCAUUUUUGCCAUCAUCUGUCUGGUCACGCUGGUCUACGUCUGGCUGGUGGUGCCAGAGACCAAGAACAAGACUUUCCUGGAAGUCUCCCAGAUGUUCGCUACAAGGAACAAAACAGAGAUCAAACUGGGGGAUGGUGAUCAUCCCCUGAAAGACAACAAAGAAAGCCCAGAGGAUACAGAGAAGGUCACGGCCUUUUGA